AUUUCUCUCGUCUCCCUUCUUUUUCAAUCAAUCAUGUCACAGGCUCAUGUGCAAUACACUACUUGUAUGUAGGCCACAUUACACUCGAAAUAAUUAUACUAUGAACGAAUGGUGAGGUAGCUACAGGCAGAAGGAGGUGAUAGUGUCCCUGAACGUUGUAAUCGGAUGAGCCCAUUUUGCGAUAUGGGUGUUUUAGAGCAGUUCAUUGAGCCAGUGGGCUUUGCAGAUGUAUCUGCGUCUGUGGCAUUGCUUACCUGCCUGGGGCUGUCCACGCUCUUUGUUAUCCUGCUAAAUGCGGUCUCAAGGAAAGCAAGAGACCACCCGGAGACCAUGGUCCGGCGCAUGAUCGUUGCUGUGGUUGUCAUGCCAGUAGUCUCUAUCAUCGUCCUAACCCUUCUGUCAUCUCGGGACACAACCGACAAGGCUAUGCCACUGUAUGAGUGGCUAGGCUUUCGCACGCACCGACUUUGGUACGCCAUCCUGUGUCCCAUCGUUUUAGUGACGGUUGGCUACGGUAGUGAAUAUCUCCAUCGCAUUUUGAACCGGGAGCCGCUCCUGGAUGUGGGUGAUCUGCUGUGUCUUCACGGCUUCCGCAAUAUCAUUGCAGCACCGCUGGCUGAGGAGUUUGUGUUUCGGUCGUGCAUGCUACCACUCUUGCUACCUCACUGGUCUGUGACAAUCUGUGUGUUCUUAGCACCAGCAAUCUUUGGUGUGGCUCAUCUCCAUCUGGCAUGGGAAGCUUAUCGUAAUGGAGAGCGUAUCCAGCGACUAAUACUCGUUGCGUGCGCUCAAAUCUGCUACACCACGCUCUUUGGUGCUUUCUCGGCAUUCCUCUUUCUUAGAACUGGUCACUUUGUGGCAUGCUACCUCUCACAUGCCUAUUGCAACAUGCUGGGCUUGCCAAACUUUGGAGAGAUACCAGCUCAUCCACACAAAUCAGUGUUGAUGGUCGGCCAUGUUGUUGCCAUGGUGUUGUUCUUCGGCCUUCUUGCACCGCUCACCGAUGUAUCCCUCACCGGCACUCAGUUUUCAUCUUACUUUGUGCCCUAGCUUUGCUUACUAGAGGAACCCGGUGUGAACAAGACGUGUAGAGGAACCAGGUAUGAACAAGACGUGUAGAGGAACCCAGUGUGAACAAGACAUGUAACAACUAGAUGCUCGUAUUUAUACAUCAUUUCCCAAUAAGGCUUAUGCCGGUUAGUACAAGUUGUACAGAUCCCUGAAAUCCCUGGCAUCCUCUUUUUCUUUGUUUUCAGCCGCCAACAUAUCAUUGUUCUUGAAUUAGAUGAACUGCUGGAUAUUCGCGUCAAUUGACUACACACACACUGCGUCCACUUCUACACCACAAACAAAUGCGCGCUUAUUGAUGCGCCAUCUCUUGUUUCUCGCUUGUUUCAAGAGUCUAUAAAAUAGGGAAUUAUUUCUUUUCCAGUCAUUCAACAACUCAAUCUUCUCUGAUGAGGUCUCUGAUGACCGAAACAGCUGUCAGAAGAAAUGCUGUACUCUAAUUGUUCACCCCCCCUUCCCCUGAGGUUGAUGUACUUCUAAUUGUUAACAAGAGCAAACCUUUUUCUCUCAAAUUUCUCUAACAAAAUACUUAUUCCUACUGUAAGUUACCUUGCAUAAAACACACGCACACACACACACACACACACACACACACACACACACACACACACACACGCACACGCACACACACACACACACGCACGCAAAACUGGUGAUGGUGCAUCCUGUCUGCUGCCACUUGUUCUUAGCCAUUGUAUCAUAAAUUCAUAGUAAUAAGUAGCACACUGGAAUCAG